AUGAGAGUCUCCCCCGGCUUUAGGAUAUCUUGCGCCAAUUGCGCCGGUAUUCUAGUGAUCAGUGUCUGGCUCGUUAUUGGAUUAAGGUACCGCCAUUAUAGAAGAAACCAACGGAACUCUCACUUCCUGGAUCUGGAGAGCAUUCCAUUUCGAAGAGGUCACUCGGUCAUAUCCAGUGGCGACGUCGACAAGCAGUUCCCGCAGAUGAAAUACAGCGACUGGUGGGCAGGCCAAAGUCGAAAAGGGAGUAUCGCGAAAGAAACUAUUGGGUCGCUGGGUUCGAUAUCAAAAGACGCCAAAGACAAUGAGACAGAUAUUAUCGCUCCUGAAGCACAUGCCCAGAAGACAGACUCUACUGAGAACACUCAAUCAGGCAAGGCACAAGAGCAUUUUUGUGACUCGGGGAAUGCUUGUGAGCAUGGCAGCGACGAUGCAGCCAGCGAGUCGGGUUGUUUAUGUGCCAUUUGCAUGGACUCGAUUGAGGGUGAAACCUAUAUUCGGCCUCUGACAUGCGGGCACAUUUUCCACUCUUCCUGCGUGGACCCGUGGCUCACUAGACGACGUGCAAGCUGCCCUCUGUGUAAUAAGAGCUUCGGUGACCAUGGAGCAAGGGAUAGAGAGGAAACAGAUGCACCGCCAUUCCCCUUUCUUGCCGUUCCAAGGGCAGCAAUGAUCAGAAGUUACGAGUCUCUCGCUCGGCCUAAGGCCAAAGCUGGCAAUCCAGAUGUUGUGAAGUUUGGCCCCGAGAAGUCCACCCACGAGGCCCGCUGUUUCGUCAAGUAUUGGCCGCUUACUCUCAUCAGUUGUACUGCCUCACCCAAGCUUCAAGCUGGAGUGGUGAUCGACAUGCCCAAUAUUUCUGGCCACAGGGUCAUACGAUACAUGCGUCUUGCACAGACUGCGCCAUGGUUCUUCAAGGCCUUUGUUCUGUUGGAGAAUGACAUCCUUGGUAUCCAGACGGCUAACCGCCGGUUUGUUCACUGCCUCCUGAAUCGGACGCAUCUCGUUGGCCCUUUUGGAUAUGUGAUUGAGAACGAUGGUCGUGACUGCAAGCUGAUCGUAGUUCCUGGAGACUAUGAGGCGCCGGGUGAUUCCUUGAUCAGAUGA